AUGUCUGAAAAAAUGGACGACCAGCAAGCAGCGGCUGCGACUGCGUCGGGAUCAAAAUCCGAGGAAUCCGUAGCCCUCCGUAAUUGGCAACUUGCCAACGGCGUUACCGUUAUGGAUUCGGUUUACGAGUACGAUGAAGUCGAACAGAAUGAAAUGCGUUCCGCUAAGCCUUGGCAGAAAGAUCCACAUUACUUCAAAGAGGUGAGAAUUUCCGCGGUGGCCUUGCUGAAGAUGGUAAUUCAUGCCAGGCGAGGAGGAAACUUAGAAGUAAUGGGUCUUAUGCAAGGUCGAGUAGAUGGGAAUGCUUUCAUAAUUAUGGAUACAUUUGCAUUGCCUGUAGAAGGAACGGAGACUAGAGUGAACGCUCAAGCCCAAGCAUACGAGUACAUGUCAGUUUAUACAGAUCUCUGUGAGUCUGAAGGAAAGAAGGAGAAGGUUGUGGGAUGGUAUCAUUCACAUCCAGGCUACGGAUGUUGGUUAUCUGGGAUAGAUGUUGCUACGCAAGCUCUCAAUCAACAGUUUCAAGAACCAUGGGUGGCCAUCGUUGUUGACCCACUUCGUACAAUGAGUGCAGGCAAGGUAGACAUUGGUGCGUUCCGAACAUAUCCACAAGGGUAUCAACCACCGGUCGAAGAAGGUCCUUCGGAGUACCAAUCAAUUCCACUUAGCAAAAUUGAGGAUUUUGGAGUUCACUGCAAGCAGUACUACUCCCUAGAUGUCAAUUUUUUCAAGUCGGAACUUGAUUCUCAUAUUCUUUCGGCUCUGUGGAGUACCUACUGGUUGAAUACAUUGAGUAGUUCACCAUUGUUGACCAAUGCUGGAUAUAUAAAUAAUCAAAUAGGAGAUUUGAGCAUGAAAUUACGACAGGUAGAAAAAAGAUGGGCGCGUAGUGAACGAACGAACGAUGUUAUGGAACAGCUCGAUAAGGCUGUAAAAGACGCCCACACUGUGUGCUGCGAACUGUCGUGUGGUGUAAUGAUGCAACACAUUAAACGUGCUAUGUUUAACCGCGGCGAAAUCUGUGGUCUAAACGAAGACGUAAGAGUUGACGAUGAGCACGUUGUGGAGAAUAAUGCCGAAGACAUUGCUCCACCAGCAUCAUUCGAUGACAUUGAUCUACCAGACGAAGUGCUAUUGGUAGAGGCCGUGAACUGA